AUGGAGUACGGACCGGUGCCCGAGAGCCAAGCAUGCGCACUGGCCUGGCUGGACACCCAGGACAGGCUGUUGGGUCACUAUGUCAACGGGAAGUGGCUGAAGCCAGAGCAGAGGAGUUCUGUGCCCUGUCACGAUCCUGUCACAGGAGAGAACUUGGCCAGUUGCCUCCAGGCGCAGGCCGAGGAUGUGGCGACGGCCGUGGAGGCAGCCAAGGCCGCCUUUGGGAACUGGAGCAGCCUCCCUGGGGCCCUUCGGGCCCAGCACCUGACCAGGCUGGCCAAGAUGAUCCAGAAGCAUCAGCGGCUGCUGUGGACCCUGGAGUCCCUGGUAACCGGGCGGGCUGUCCGAGAGGUCCGGGACAGGGACGUCCCGCUGGCCCAGCAGCUGCUGCAGCACCACGCGGGCCAGGCACACACCCAGGAGAAGGCGCUGGCUGGCUGGGAGCCCGUGGGGGUUGUUGGUAUCAUCCUGCCACCCACAUUCUCCUUCCUUGAAAUGAUGUGGAGGAUUUGCCCUGCACUGGCCGUGGGCUGCACCGUGGUGGUCCUUGUGCCACCAGCCUCCCCGACGCCCCUCCUCCUGGCUCAGCUGGCAGGCGAGCUGGGCUGCUUCCCAGGACUCCUCAAUGUGCUCAGCGGACCCGCCUCCCUGGGGCCUGUCCUCGCCUCCCAACCUGGAGUCCAGAAGGUGGCCUUCUGUGGUGCCAUUGAGGAAGGACGAGCCCUCCGGCGGACGCUGGCUGGUGGGGGUGCUGAGCUGGCCCUGGCACUGGGGAUGGAGUCGCUGCUGCUGUUGACAGACACCGCGGACGUGGACUCAGCCGUGGAGGGCGUUGUGGACGCAGCCUGGUCGGACCGCAGCCCGGGAGGCCUCAGGCUCCUCGUGCAGGAGUCCGUGUGGGACGAGACCAUGAGGCGGCUCCAGGCACGGAUGAAACAGCUGCGGAGCGGCUGGGGCCUGGACGGGGCCGUGGACAUGGGGGCCCGAGGCGCUGCCGCCCACGACCAGGCCCAGAGCUACGUUCGCGAGGCCCAGAGCCAGGGUGCGCAGGUGUUCCAAGCUGGCGAUGUGCCCACAGACAGCCCGUUCUUCCCCCCGACCUUGGUCUCCCACCUGCCUCCGGCUGCCCCCUGUGCUCAGGGAGAGGUGCCGUGGCCUCUGGUCGUGGCCUCCGCAUUCCGCACAGCCAAGGAGGCCCUAGCCGUGGCCAACGGGACACCCCGGGGAGGCAGCGCCAGUGUGUGGAGCGAGAGGCUGGGUCAGGCCCUGGAGCUGGCCUACGGGCUCCACGUGGGCACGGUCUGGAUCAAUGCUCACGGCCUUAGUGACCCUGCAGUGCCCACGGGCGGCUGCAAAGAGAGCGGCUCUUCCUGGCACGGGGGCCCAGAUGGCUUCCACGAGUACCUGAGGCCCCCAACGACCCCUGCCCGGCUGCCCUGCCUUUGCGAGGAGCUGAACUAUGACACCUUUGGACUUGCUGUGCCUUCGUCCCUACCGGCUGGGCCUGAAACGGGGCCCAGCCCGGCACCCCCCUAUGGGCUUUUUGUAGGAGGCCGUUUCCAGGCCCCAGGAUCCCGGAGUUCCAGGCCCAUCCGAGAUCCCCAUGGCAGCCUCCAUGGCUAUGUGGCUGAGGGUGGAGCCAAGGAUAUCCGAGGUGCUGUGGAGGCUGCCCACCAGGCUGCCCCUCACUGGGCAGGUCAGUCGCCAGCAGCCCGGGCGGCCCUGCUCUGGGCCCUGGCAGCCGCGCUGGAGCGCCGCACAUCUGCCCUGGCCUUGAGGCUGGAGAGACAGGGAGUGGAGCUCAAGGCUGCCAGGGCGGAGGUGGAGCUGAGCGUGGGGCGGCUUCGAGCGUCGGGGGCACCCCAGGACCAGGGCCACAUCAUGCGGGCUGCGGGGCUGCGAGGCCCGGUGCUGCGGCUGCAGGAGCCUGUGGGUGUGCUGGCCAUCGUGUGCCCGGAGGAGUGGCCCCUGCUUGCCUUUGUGUCCCUGCUGGCCACUGCCCUUGCCUGCGGCAACACCCUGGUCAUGGUGCCUAGUGGAGCCUUUCCCGUGCCCGCCCUGGAGGUCUGCCAGGACAUGGUUACCCUGUUCCCAGCUGGCUUGGUGAACGUCGUGACGGGAGACAGGGACCAUCUGACGCGCUGCCUGGCCUUGCACCAGGACGUCCAGGCCCUGUGGUAUUUCGGAUCGGCCCAGGGCUCCCAGUUUGUGGAGUGGGCCUCCGCGGGAAACCUCAAGUCGGUGUGGGUGAACGGAGGCUGCCCGCGGGCCUGGGACCAGGAGGCUGAGGGGGCCGGCCCGGAGUUCAGGCUUCGGGCAACGCGGACCAAGGCCCUGUGGCUGCCCAUGGGGGACUGA